CCUUUGUCUACCAGCCAUACCUCUGGCGCUGUACACCGUUGCGCCUAGUGCUGGAGAGGAUCCUGUGAGGCGGGCCACGUGCGCCUAAUCACAAUGCAAGUCGAAGGUCCACACACAGAGGAGGAAGCAGCGCGAUUCCGUACUGCUCUGGAGCGCAACACCACGCUGAUGGAAGUCCUCCGCCGCGCCGCCAGCAUGAACCUCCCAGGCUGGUACCUGGCUGCCGGCGCUCUGACUCAAUCAGUCUGGAACUACGUCACACAACAAGACCCAGAAAACGGGAUCGACGACUACGACCUUGUCUACUACGACAACUCAGACCUUUCCUGGGAAGCGGAGGACGCGGUGAUUCAAGAGGGCGCCAAGGUAUUUGCAGACCUCCCCACAAGGGUCGAAAUCAGGAAUCAGGCUCGAGUACAUCUCUGGUACCCGCAGAAAUUCGGGAUCCCGUGUCCGAAACACCUUUCAACAGAGGGGGCAAUAGCGUCUUGGUUUUGUGGUACGGCUUUGUUUGGCGUCCGGCUUUUGCCUACUGGCGGUUGGAAAGUGUUUGCUCCAUGGGGCUUCACGGAUAUUCUCAACCUGACAGUACGCCCGAACUCAGUGAGCGGGACUCGUGCCGCCUACGAGAAGAAAACGCAAAGGUGGCAAACUGUGUGGCCGGAACUGCAUGUCAUCCCAUGGCCAACUGUUCUGUCGAGUGCAGAUGAUGCAGAGUAGAUACCUAGGUAGGGUCUUGUUUCAUAGACUACUUUUGAAAGAGGAAACGGGUAUAGGAG